AUGGGGGCGCCGCGCAAGGCGGGGCCCUGGCUCGCCGAGACCCUGGAGGAGUUCAGCUUCGGGUUCGAGGACCUCGUGGGCCUGGGGCGCAUCUCCUCCGCGCUCGCGCGGACGAAGGUCUCGAGGUUCGACGCGCUGGCCCCGCUGAAGCACCUGCGCCGCGGCCCGGACGGCCGCCUGCGGCUGGCGCAUCCGCCAGAGGUCCGGAGCCUGGUGGCGGCGUCCGACGCGCUGCCGGCCUCCGUGGACAUGGCCGCGCGGUGGCUCAUCGCGGUGCGCGAGGACCGGGGCCAGGCCACCGCCGGGGUCAUGAGCGUGCUCUCCCUCGCGCUCACCGAGGCGCUCGGGCGGAGGGAGUGA